UUGAAAAUGGCAGACGAUCCGAAUCGUGACAUCUUGCCUGUCAAGGAAGGCUCGUGCGUGGACACGAUUAUCAGUAGUACUAUAAUAGAUCCCAGAGAACGUCAUCUCGUUUGCAAACUCGAUCGUUAUCAGCUGGAGGAUAAGUAUUUACGUUUACUCGAUGAGGCGAGCAAUCUGAAGAAAUUAUCCAACUGCCAGGAGGACAAGAUUAAGCGGCUCGGGACGAAGCUGAUUAGAUUGGCUGGUAAUCCAAGAUCGUGUGGAUUAACAUUAGAUAUCGCCGAUGAUAGGAAUAGAACGGCCGUUCUUGAGCUUGAAAAUACCAAGCUGAAGGAGAAAAUCGCUGUGAUGAGGAAUCAAUUGUUGAGUCACACGAUGAGCGGCAGGUCGUCGUCGCGCAGUCGUAAUCUCGUUAGACCAUCGUCUUCCGGGCUUGUGACGUGUCGAAGCGAAAAUAAUCGCGUGAGAGCGCCAUCCUGUCAGUGCAUCGUUGGAGCAGGGGACGAUGAUAACGAUAUGCGAAAUUACCUCAUUAAAAUCGAGAAAUUGGAGGCGCAGAAGAAAGAUAUGACAUGUCGUAUAAUGGAAUUGGAGAAAGAACUGGCGCAUUUAACCAAUAAUCAAAAAGAGAAGGUGGCGGAAAAUGUAGAGUAUAUACGGGUGUGGCGCCAAAUGAAGCAAUUGAACGAUAAAUUAAUGACAACCCAAGAGAAAAAUACUGUAUUGACCACCGAAAUUAAUGACUUGAAGACAACUCUUGAACUAACGACGAAGAAUAAUCAGGAAAUAGUUGCUGUUCUUUCUUCGGAAAGAACGCGCAUAGCUGAGAUCGAUGACCAGAUGUUGAAAGCAAAGAAUUCACAGUUCACAUUACGCGAAAAAGAUGAACAGAUACGGGAUCUUGUAAACGAAAUUAAAAUAUUGCAACAACACAAUAACGAACUUAUUGCGCUUACGUCAAAAUAUGGGCAAGUUGAAUUAGAGAAUAUUGAACUAAAAAAAAGACUCUACGAUGACGCUCAGGAGCAACAAACAUUAAGGACUGCUUUCAACAAUGAGCAAGCUAAUAUUAUAGCAUUAAAAACUGCCAAUGAGCGAUUACUCGCAAAACUUCAAGAAUUACAGACAAAUAUAGAUGUUUUGACAGUACAACUAGCGUCUUUGCAUACGCAAGAUAAAAAGCAGGACAUCAUAAUGUCAGUACCAGGUGUGGAACAAUGUAAAAAAUGUUGCGAAAUGUAUGAUAAAAUUAUACAAUUGGAAAAAACUGUGGGCAAUACUAGAGAAGAUUGGCAAUCGGCUGAUAAAUCUGUACAGGCGAUCGUUAUUACUAGCACAAGGGAACAGGGUACAAUGAUAAUUUCGAAUAAUGAAGAUAAGACAUCAUCUCAAUCGCCAUUGAAGGAAUGGAAGACAAAUCAAGAAACAAAUGACACGAGUGUUUUAUCUCGAGAAAAAAUAUUAAAAUUGUUAGAUCAAGCACAAAUUAACACUCCUUUGAAUGCAUCAAGAAUCACUCCUAAGGAAGAAUGCACGGGCGUUUUGGAUGUAGCUCAGAGGCACAGGCAAGUCGUACCCCUCGAGAAGCUACUGUUUGGUGAUUCUAAUUAUUAUAUAACACUAGGUCAAAUGUUUCUAAUUUUAUUCGACAUUUUGCAAGAAUUUUUAUUGUUUGCUGAUGUUGAUGGAAAAUCAUGCUUGGAUCAUCAAGUAUCUGCAAUCGAAGAUCCGUUAAUUGACGUUAACAACAAUCAUCCUACAAAAAUUACUCGCAAUAUUAAACAACAUGAUUUUAAUGCAGGAACUACACAAAAUUUUGAAUCUGAUUAUUGUACGAGCUGUUCUCUUAAAUCGACUGCCCUUUACUCCAACAAGAAGUGCAAUUUUGCAUGUAAAAAAAAUUCUGCAACCAUUUUAACAAGUUCAUCAUUGAAAGACAUAUUUGAUGAUACUUCCUCUCCCAUGGCUCACAGAAAAUUAUCAUAUCGAGAUAUUAGUAAAGAUUUUUGCGCAGAAAAGAUGGUAAAGCUAAAAAGAUUAAAAUCGCUCCGUUAUCCCAAAUGCAAUUUAACGUGUCACUUGCGCAAAGCGAAAGAUCCGCUGUCCUUGCAGGAGAAACAAAAAUUACCUUGUAGAACCGAAUGUUUGAAUGACAGUGUAAGGUUACCAGUGUGCCCAAUGGAUCCUUUAUUAAUUACUGAUAGGCAAGGUCUCAUUGAGAUCCACAUUUCGCGAUUGCAACUUUCUACAUCGGUUGCAAAUAUCCCCGACGAAGAAGAUAUAUGUAAUCUUCACAUUUACGUUAGUUGGGAUAUUUGGGGCGAAAAGACCGCUUAUACGCCAAGAAUGGAAUGUCCUAAUCUGAUUUUCAAUUCGUCCUCCGUAUAUCGUAUAGCAGAUCUCUUCUCAUUCUUCAAAAACGUGCUAUCGGAAUACCUCAUCUUUCGAGUGAACAUUGUUCGCCGAGAUGGUACUGGUUAUACAUUUGCUCGAGCGAAAGUUUCCAUCAAAGAUAUCUUAGAUUAUCCGCAGAACAAGUUGCAUUAUAUCGUUCCUGUGAAUGGUGUAAUUUGUUCUUUCUUCGGCGUUAAUUUCGGUCAAUUAUCGUUGUGGGUUCGGUUGAGCUGCAAUGUUGAUAUGGUCGAAGCUUUUAAGAAGCAAUGCGGCAUAAGUUCGUUGAAAGAUACUCUCCAUACACCUCCAAUUAAAAAGGAUGUAUCUAAGAAACCUCUUCCUCAACAUAUCGUUGAUAUAGUGUCAUUCAAAGAUCGACAGCAAAAGGAUAGUCCAGUAUCUGAAGAUUCAACGGAUACUCAAGCGCCGUUAGAUUCAAAUUUUCAAUAUGAAACUGAAAACUCGGACGAGGAAAAUUUUUACGUCAAUUCAAAUAAUGAAGAAUCGCCUAUCAAUGAAACGAAUGAAAUGUCUGAAGAAGAAAAUGGAACGAUUGCAAUGAGUCCAGAUUACAAAACGGAUAAUAGUAAGGAGAGUAAAGAAAAUAACGUUUCGAGGGAUUCACCAAGCGUGGCGGAGUUCAAAACAUUACUGGCGAAUGGUAUUUCGUUGCUGAAAGGAUCAAGCAGCACGAUCCGCGAUAUGGACGAGAUUCUCUCGGACAGAAACUGGGAGAGUUAUAAGCAGAAGAGUCUGCUGACUUUUGCCAGAGCUAACUCGUUAAACGUGGAAGCACAGGAUUACCGAAAUGACAUCUCUACUUGCCGCAAUGAAAAGGAUGCGAUAAUCAUAGAAAUAGUGAGUAUGCAGUUUUUCGAUGACAGUUGCGUGAUGCAGAACGAUCAGAUACAUUUGCUUUACGUAGAAUAUUCUUUCCUCGACAAACAUGGCGAAGAUAUGGAAACUAUUUCUGUAGAAAAACCAAAGACAAGUGCUCAAGAAAUGGUUUACAAUUAUAAAAAAAAAUUUUGGAUAAAUGAAGUGACACAUCCCGUACAAAGAGACAAUUUGCGUGCCAUGUUAGCCGAAGACACAAGUCCAAAUAUUAAUUUUAUUAUUAUUAGUGAACCAUUACCCGAGGAAAGAGAAGUCAAAGACUGCGAGGAAGUGGGAUCUCUAUAUCUGGUAUCAAUGCUAUUCGACAAUGUUUACCAGAAUUAA